AUGGGUUAUAUUAAAACUAACCUGACAUGCUUUUCAGGCCUCCCUGAGGGAUGGACCCAGGAAUGUAUACUCUGUCUUCAACGAAUCUUCCAACAUCUGGAAAGUGCAAGAUCAGCUCUUAUGGAAUCAUGUUUGCCUGAACCACAGGAUAUGAUUUCUUCCUCCACCUCCCCUGUUCUUGUGGCGCAGGAGCCUAUUCUACCAUUUUGUGACUGUAAGAUGGCAAAAUAUCCUACUAACCACAGCACCUCUUCUGGGUCAUCAUGCAGCUCCAGUUUGUCUCACUUUUCUGAAGGAACAACCUGGCAAUUCCGAAGCCACAGUUUACCUAUUUUAUCUAAAAAGCAACCACCUGUGUUCAAGAACCAAAGCACAUCCCUGCCUCCUUUUCAGCUCUCAGACCUUGGGAAAUCAAAACUCCUUCAGAACUUGGCAGCUCUUUCACCUUUAAGACCUCAAAGCUCUUUAAUGAAUUCUAUUUUUGAAUCCCUGGGUUUCUUCAAACAAGUAAAAACAAAAUAUGAGAGAAGGAGCAAUAAUCAUCUAAGAUCAGAUCAUCAGCCAAAUUCUGUUUUCAAGAAGAGACCACAAGUCCCAGGAUGGACUCCAAUCCAGCUGUCUCCUUUGGCUAGGUGGGAGUUAGAGGGACAUAUGGCUUGGAAGGUUUGUACUUUGAAGAAACAAACAGUGCCUCUGCCUGUGAGAGAAUCAUGGACGAUGCUGAAUUAUUUAAUUGAGUUACAUGGAGGCAUCCCUGAACCAGAGAAACCCCAAAUCCAUUUAUCUAUGCCCAUUCAUCAAAGCAUUGAGCAAAAUAUCAACAAUAAAUCCCCAGACCUUCCAUCAUUUCAGCGCCAUGUGAACACUGGAGUGGAAUCUGGAUUAAAUAGAACAGAAACAAAAAUUUCACAAUCACUUAUCCCAGGUAAGCAGUCACAACCUGGGGGUGGCCCCCAAAUCCUUGGAUCCAACCCAUUAGUUACAUCAAUGGGAACUCCACUUCCCAAAAGUUUAAAAGUUGACAUAAUUCAAAAGGAAACCACUUUCCUGCAGAAGGACUCAAAAUAUAUGCUAGAACUUAGUAUAGAGCAGAGGGUAAGAGGUCUUCCAGAAAAAAGCAUAGAGCAGCAUGAGACCCAAGUGACUAAUGUGGAAUUGACUCCAAGGCUAUCAUAUCAAGUCACAGAUAGAAUAAAGGUAACACCACUGGCAUUGCUUCAAGUCAUGGAUUCAAUGGGGAUGAUUCCAGAACCACAAUCAGAAUUGACAGAAUCUGUGGGUUUGUUUCCACGGCCAAAUGAAGUUGUAAAACCAAUGGAAACAGUGAGUGUAAGCUCAAACUCAGCAUAUCACAUUAUUGAAUCAGUGGAGGUAACCCCAAGUCCUCAGCAUCAAGUUAUAGAAUCAAAAAAGAUGACCUCAAGACCACUGAAUCAAGUCACAGAUAAUAUGAAGGUAACUCCUGAAGCAUUGCUUCAAGUCAUGGAUUCCAUGGGGGUAACUAAAAAAUCACACCCACAUAUCAUAGAAUCAGUGGGAAUGACCCCAAGGCCACAAUAUCAAGUCAAAGAGUCAGUUAAAAUUAACACAUUUUUGAACCAUCAGAUCAUACAACCAGGAAAGAUGAGUCCAAGGCCACAGCAUACAGUCAUGGAAACUGUGGAAAUGACCCCAGAGAGACAACAUAAAGUCAUUGAGUCAGUAGGCAUAACUUCAAAGCCACAAAGUCAAGUCAUAGAACCAUUGAAAAUUAUUCCUGGGCCAAUAUGUCAAAACACAAAAUCAUUGAACAUGACACCCAGGCCAUUGCAUCAAGUCAUGGAUAUCAUAAAAGUAACUCCAGUGGCACUAUUACAAGCUAUGGAUUGCAUGGGAAUAAUUCCACCAGCACAGCCAGGUGAUACCCUAGAUUCAAAGACUUAUAUUUCUAAUUUGACCCCAAAGGCAACUCAACCAGAUGAUUUGACUUCUUCUAGUUCUCCUACUACUAUUGAUCCACCUGGAAUUAGAGAAUCUGUGAGUGUACCUCCAAAGCUACCACCUAAAGUCAUGGAAUCAGGGAUGCCAUUGCAUCAAUCCAUACAUUUUCUAAAGACAACCCCAAUAGCAUUAGGGUCAUUCAUGGGAAUGACCAUAGAACCACAGUCACAAGUUGUAGAAGCUCAGGAUUUGACCCCAAGGCCAAUAUUUCAAGUCAGAGAAUCUCUGGAGUUGACUCCUGGGCCAUGUAUUCACGUGCUAGACUCUGUGAGGAUGACUCCACAACCAUAUCAACAAGGCAGAGAAUCUAUGACAUUAACCCCAGUGCCACCUCAAAACAUGGAAUCUUCAAGGUUGACCCCAUGGCAUCAAAUUCUGGAAUAUUCUGAGAUGAGCCCAAGGCAAAGCCAUCAAGUUAUAGAAACUAUGGAACUGACCUCUGACAUAUGGCUACAAAUGAAGAAAUCUGUAGAGUUGACACAGUCCCAUAAUCAAAUAAUGGAAUCUUUAAGGACAACCCCAAAGCCACUGGGUCAAGGUACAGAAUCUAUGGGAAUGAGCCCAAAACCACUGCAUCAAGUUACAGAAUCUGAAACAAUGACUAGUACAUCACUGCUUCAAGGCAUGAAAAAUAUGGGGGCAAAGCCAAUGUCACAACUUAAAAUUAUGGAUUCGAUUAAGUUACCCCUAGGGUUGCCAAAUGUAAAAUCUGAGAAACAGACCAUGAGACCAGGGUUGGAAAGUAUAAAACCUGUAGAUAUAACCACCAGUUCUAUCCCACAAAUAGUAAAAUAUGAACAGCUGAUCCCAACUGUGAACUCUUUAGAAUUGGCCAUAGAACUUCAACAGCAGAGUGUAAAAUCUGAUAAGUUGACCUCCAUACCACAGCUACAAAAUGGGAAAUCUGUGCAGUCAUACCCAGGAUCUCAGCUUCAAGGUGAGAAAACUAUCCAAUUGACCCUUGGACCACAACAGCAAAGUGAAAAAUCUGCUGAGUUAGCCCCAGAACAACAGUGGCAAAGUAGGAAAUCUAUAGAUUUGACCUCCAAUUCACAGUUGCAAGGUAUAGACUAUGUUCAUUUGACCCUUCCACCAGAGUUGCCAGAUUUAAAAACUGUGGAGUUGACCCCAAGACCAGACCAGGAGGAUAUGAAAUUUGCGGAGUUGGCCCCAAGGCCAUGGUUACAAGAUAUAAGAUCUGAGGAGAUAGCCCAAGUACUAUUGCUUAAAGAUGUGGAAACUCCUCGAAUGGUAGAAUGUAGGGGGUUGAUUCCUGAGACACCAGUAGAAGGUAUGAAAUAUGAGGAGCUGAUACCAGGAAUACACAUUCCGGCAGUAAAAUCUGUACAGUUGAUCCCUAAAUCAAAUUAUCAAGCCACAGAACCUGAAGGAUUGACCCCAUGGCAUCAAGCUUCAGAAUCUUUAAGGAUGAUUUCAGAGCCAGGAUAUCAAGAAACAGAAGCAAAGUUAAUCUCUGACACUUGUCACCAUGAGAAAGACUCUGUGGGGUUGAUACAAUCAUCUUUAGAAAAUAACCCAAACUUUGAUAGUGACAUUUCUCAUAAAUUAGUCUCAGAGCCACAGAUAGCAGAUGCAAAAUCUAUGGAAUUAACUCCUGGGCAACAGUUGCCAAGUGUAAACUUUUCUAAGUUGAUCAGAAGUCCACAGUUACAAGGUAUGAAAUCUUCUGAAUUGAUCCAAGGACCACAGAUGCAAGAUGUAAAUCCUAUGGAGUGGACUCUAAUCUCAAAGUCUCAAGAUUUAAAAUCUGAGGUACUAAUCCCAGAGCCACAGCAAGAAGAUAUGGAAUCUGUGGAUUUAACUCCACUGUCGCAUUUGGGAGGUAUGAAAUCUAUGCAGUUAACACCAAAGCCAAAAUUGGGAGAUGCCAAAUCUAUAAUGUUUACCCCUGGGCCACAGAUGGGAGAUGUGCAACAAGUGGAGCUGACCCCAAGCUCAAAACUUCAAGGUUUAAAGUCUGAGUUGUUGAUCUCAGAAUUAGAGCUGGAAGAUGUGAAAUCUGUGGCCUUAACUCCAGGACAAUGCUUAAGAUGCCCAAGUCCACACCUGGAAGGUAAGAAAUCUGUGGAGUUAAGCUUAGGACCACAAAUAGAUGUCAAAACUGUAAAAAUCACCCCAGAUUCCAAGCUUCAAGGUGUGAAAUCUGUUCAGUUGGAAGGUGAGAAUUCUGUGCCUUUUGCACCAGGGCCACUGCUCCAAGGGCCUCAAUUGCAAGGUAAGAAACCUGAGGAAUUGACUUCAGAACCACAAAUGCAAGACAUGAAAUUUGUGGGAAUUACCCCAUGUUUAAAACUUCAAAGUUCAAAAUCAUUAGAGGAGACUCCAGAUCCACUGCAGUGGGAAAAAUCUGUGAAGUUGACCCCAAGGCUAAAGAAGCAGGUAGUAAAACCUGUUAAUGUAACCAGAAUACAGAAGUUUCAGGGAGUAAAAUCUGUGGAUUCAGCACCAAGGCAACAGUUUCAAGGAAUGACACUUGUGAAUUUAACUCCUGAGCCAGAACAGGAUGGUGAGAUAUUUGUAACCUCACCAGAGAAGCAAUGUGUGAAUUCAGAGCAAUGUGUGAAGAGAGGGUCUAAGUCAGAAGAUGGGAAGUCUUUGGAGUUAAUUCCAGAGCUAAACUUUAAAGAUGGAAAAUUAGUAGAACUCAACUCUGAGUUAGAGUUGAAAGAUACAAAAUCAUUUGAAUUGGCUCCUGAAUCAAAUAUUCAAGGUGUAAAAUCUAAAGAGUUUGAACUUGAACCACAGUUGCAAAACAUAAAAUUUCCCAAGUUGACCCCAAGGCCACAGCUGCACCAAGUGAAACCCUUGGUGUCAACUUCAGAACCACAGCUUCAAGGAGUAAAAACUAUUGAUUUAAAACAAGAGCCACAACUUGAAAGUAUGAAAUAUAUUCAGUGGAUACAAGAACCUGAGUUCCAAAGUGUAGAAUCUUUAGGGUUAAAUCUUGGGUUACAAUCACAAGAUGUCAAAUCUGCAGAGUUGAAAUCUUUGAUACAAUCAAGAGAUGUGAAGUCACUAGAAUUGACUCUAGAGCCAAAAACUCCAGGUGCAACAUAUAUGGAAUUCAACAGUGGGCCACAGUUGCAGAGCGUGAAAACCCCUGAGUUGCCCCCAGGACCACAACUGCAAAAAGGGAAAUUUCUGACAUCAACAUCAGAGCCACAGCAUCAAGGUAUGAAAAGUGUAGGGUUAAACCAAGAGCCACAGCUUGGAACUAUAAAAUCUGUUCAGUGGAUGCCUACAAUAGAGUUUCAAUGUAUGAAAUCUCUGCCAAAUCUUGGGUUUCAAUCUCAAUGUGUCAAACCAGCAGAGUUGAAACCUUUGAUACAGUUAAGAGGUACAAAAUCAUCUAGGCUGACUGAAAAACCAGAGCUUCAAGGUAUACCAUCAUUGGCAUCACACCAGGAACAUCAGCCUCAAGGUUCUGAUUUGAAACCUUGUUUACAGUUUAGAAAAGUGAAACCCUUACAGUCAUCCCCAGGAACACAGCUUCAAGGUGUAAAGUCUCUAGUGCUUAUGCAAGAACCACAGCUUCCAGAGGUCAAAUCUGGCAUAUUAAGCCAAGGGUCACAAUUACAAAGUGAUAAAACUAUAGAAUUGAGCUCCCCACUGCACUUGAAAAGUGUGAAGUCACCUGAAUUGGCUCUUCAAACAAAGCUUCAAGGUGUGAAAUCUGAGGAUUUCAACUCUGAGUCACAGUGGCAAAGUCUAAAAUCUUCUAAGUUGCCACCUGAGAUAAAGUCCCAAGAUAUGAAACUUGCUGAAUUAAAUCCCAGUUCACAGUUGCAAGGUACAACUUCUUCUAAAUCAACUGUAGGGACAAAGAUUCAAGGUGUCAAAUCUAUAGAUUUCAGACCUGGGUCAUUGUUACAAGGUAUGAAAUCUUCUGAAGCAACCUCAAAGGCAAAGCUUCAAGAUGUAAAACAUAAAAAAUUCAGCCCUGGCCCCCAGUUACAAGUUGUGAAAUCUUCUGAGCUGAAACUGGGGACAAAGCUUGAAAAAGAGAAAUCAGAAUUCAAGUCAGGCUCGCAGUUGCAAGAUAUAAAUUAUUCUAGGUUAAUCAUGGAUAUAAAGCUUCAAGAUGUAAAAUCUAAGAAUUUCAGGUCUGGAACACACUUGCAGGGUAUGAAAUCUGAAGUAACCCCAAGGGAAAAGCUUCAAGAUAUGAAAUCUGUAGAAUUCAAACCUAGUCCAAAGUUAAAAGGUGAGAAAUCUGAUUUGACUCAAGGGAAGAUGUUUCCAGGUACAACAUUUGAGUUGGACUCAGAUUCACAGUUACUAGACAUAAAAUGUUCUGACUUGAUCAUGGGUAUAAAGCUUCAAGAUGUAAAAUCUAUGGGGCUCAAUUCUAGACCACACUUUCAAGGUAUGAAAUCUUCUGAAGUGAUCCCAGGGAUAAAGCUUCGAGAUGUGAACUUCAACUAUAGUCCAAAGUUACAGGGUGAAAAAUCUUCUGAUUUAACCCAGAGGAGGAAGCUUCAAGGUGUGAAAUCUGUGAAGUCCAACCAUGGACCACAGAGUCAAGGUGAGAAAUCUAAUUUGACACUAGAGAGGAGGCGUCAAGAUUUGAAAUCUGUUGAGUUAAAACUUGUUCCACAGUUACAAGUUGUGACAUCUGAGUUAACACCAGAGACAAAGCUUCAAAGUGAAGAAUCUGUGGGAUUCAUCACCAGACCAACGUGGCAAGAUAUGAAAUCUUCUGAAUUGACUCUAGGUACAAAAGUACAAGAUGUUAAAUCUUUGGGGUUCAACUCAGCCCCACACAAUAGGAAAGUGUCUAUGUUGACACAAGGUAUGAAAUCUAUGGAAUUCAAAUCUGGGGCAAAGUUGCAAGGUGCAGAAUCUUCUGAGUCAAUAAACUUUCAAGUGAUGAACUCUACGGAGGUCAAUGAUGGCCCAAAAUUUCAGGCUGCAAAACCCUCUGAGUUGGCCUUGGAAUCAAAGGUUCACAGUGUGAUAUCUUCUGAGUUCAAUGCUGGUAAGCAGUGGCAAGAUGAGAAAUCUUGUAAGUUAAAUCCAUGGCCAGAGCUUCAAAGUGUCAAACGUGUGGUGUCCAAUCCUAGGCCACAUUCGCAAGGCGUAAACUCCUCUGAAUUAACUUCAGUUUCAAAACUUCAAGGUAUGAAGUCUUCUGAAUUGAAUCAAGGGACAGAGAUUCAAAGUGAGACAUCUAAGGUGUUCAACUCUGGACCACACUGGCAAGGUUUGAAAUCUAAAUUGAUUCCAGAGUCAAAUUUUCUAGGUGUAGCACCUAUGGAAUACAACCCUGGGCCACAGAUGCAGUGCAAAAAUUCUUGUGAGUUGAAUCCAGGGCCAAAAUUACAAUGUGUAAAUUCUACUGGAUGUGACUCUGGGCCACUCUUGCAAGGUGUAAAAUCUUCUGAGUUGACUUCAGGGACAAAUUUUCAAGGUAUAAUGACAACGGAGUCCAACUCUGGCCCAAAGCUGCAAGGUGUGAAUUCUUCUGAAUUGAAUUCAGGGUCAGAACUUCAAUGUAUAAACUCUAUAAGGACACAAGGCAUGAAGCCUUCUGAAUUGAACCCUGGGUCAGAAUCUCAAAGUACAAAGUCUAUUUUAUUUAAUUCUGGACUACAUCUGCAAGGUGUAAAAUUUCAGUUAACUCCAGGAACUAAGUUUCCAGAAGUCCACGUUUUGGAGAACCAUCUUGGGUCACAGCAGCAAGCUGGGUACUCUGUUUUAGAUCCUCCAUUAAAUGGUGCAAAAUCUGAGUUAUUUGUACCAGAGCCACUGCUUGAAGAUGUAAAGUCUGUGAAGAUGAACAAAGAGCCGUUGCUUUGUGGUGCAAAUUCUGUGAAAUUGAUUUCAGGCUCUGAGCUGCAGGACUUAAAAUGUGAGGUGUUGACACUAGAGUCAUGUUCUCAAAAAGUGAAAUCUGUGGAGUUAAAACCAGGGUCAAACACUGAAGUGAAAUCUGCAGAAUUAACCUCACAGCCAACAUCUCCAUUUGAGGAUCCUGCAGUGUUGACUCAUGAACAAGGGCUUCAGGCUGUGAAAUCUAUAGGAAUAAAAACAAGGCCUCUUCAAGUUAUGGAAUCUGAGGAUUUGAAUCUAAGACAGGUAUAUCAGAUGAGGAAAUCUGAGCAGUCAACAUCAGGAGAAGAGUUACAAAUAGGGAAUUAUUUCUCUAGGUUUCUGCAUAACUCUUCAAACUCAGGUAUAUCAAGCCCUGUCAAAACAACAUCUGAAUUAGGUCUUUGGGAUUCUGAGAUGACAGAAGAAUCUAGAACCUUGGAUAUAAAAAACCUCUGGACAGAUAUUUUUCAUCCUAAAGAGUCCUCCAUAGACCCUGCUUCAACCUUUCCCUUGCACCUUCUUCAUAAUCAACCCUCUGAUAAGACAGCUAACACUACAGAAACACCCCAUUCCGGGAUCCCAGGAGUGGAUGUCAUAUCUAAAGAGAAGAUUCAGAGGAGGCAGGUGGCCAAGUUAGAGAAUUCACUCCAGGGCCUCUUCCAGCAUCCACAACAAAGGUGGAUAUCAGCAUCAAAGGCCUUUCAGGCAGGAUCAGGGGCUCGAAGAGGCCUUACCUGGUCUGUCCUGGGAAGACAACAGAAUGUCUGGGAGAGUCACUCCUGGAAGCAGAGACUACCUAGAAAAUAUCUUUCCAAUAUGCUAAUGCUGGGGAAUGUCUUGGGGACCACUAUGGAAAGGAAGCUUUGUUCUCAAACAUCUUUAACAGAAAGAGCCACUGCUGAUACCCGUCAAUUUAUUCAGAAUUUAUUUGGGGUUCCUGCUGAAUUGAUGAAAUUUUCCCAGAGUUUGCUAGAGGUAGAUCGAGGUACUAUUUCUAAAGCUUCAGUGGUCAAAAACUACAUUCAGAGACAUACUUCAUGCCAUGGUCAUGAGAAUAGAAUGGCCUUAAGGAUAUGGACGCGUGGUUCUAUGUCCUCCAUAGUACAGCAAUAUUCUGGAGCUAGAGUGAGAAUAAAGAAAACAAACUCAAAGCUCAUUGGUAUAUCCCAGGAAGUCCUUAAACACAUGCCUGUUUCAUAUACAGGGGGGCAGCUUCCUGACCCAGCAGAGUCAGAGUCUUCUUUCAAUAUAUUUUUCACUCUGAAAGAUCCUGUUCCACUGGAAGAGAGUGAGAACUCACAGAGUGAAUCACAGAAAAGGAUUUUUGAAUCCCAGCACCCCCUCAAGCCAAGUUAUCUUUCCCAGGCCAAGGCAGACCUCCCAGAACAGCUGCAGUUGCUACAAGAUCUGCAGCUAAAAAUAGCAGCAAAACUGUUAAAGAGUCAAAUACCCGACAAUGUACCUCCACCGCUAGCUUCAGGUCUGGUCCUAAAAUACCCUAUCUGCCUACAGUGUGGCCGAUGUUCAGGAUUUCAUUGUUGUCAUAAAUUACAGGCCACUUUUGGGCCUUAUCUUCUUAUCUACCCACAGCUCCGCCUUGUAAGCACUCCUGAAGGCCAUGGAGAGAUUAGAUUGCACCUUGGCUUUAGGUUACGAAUUAGAAAAAGAUCCCAAGUUUCAAAGUAUUAUAGAAGAGAAAGAUCCAUCACACCAAGGAGCUCUAUAUCAUCAUCACGAAGGAAAGCUAAAAUCUGUACUCCAGCUUCCAAGAGUCCUACUUCUACAACAGAUUUCCCGUUUCAGUCUUCCCAGUCUCCUGCUUCUGUACAAGUCCACAUUAGGCAAAAGCAAUGUGGCAGCCCUGACCUACUAGGAAAGACAGAUAUUGGAGAACCUGGGCACUGUGAAUUCACUGAAGUGCACUCUUUAUCAGAGAGUAACUCUGAAAGCAGUCAGGAUGAAAAAUGGACUAAAGUGAGAACCAAAUAUACCCAUGAUUCAAAAUAUCCAACAAAAAUCACCAAGGGAUUCAGAACACAAGACAAAAAAUUCCAUACAAACAGCAGAUUCAUAAUACUGAGUCCCUCUAGGGAAUUACCAGCCCAGUUAAAAAGGAAAAGGAAUGGAGCAUCUCAGACUACUGCCUCUUUAAAAAGACACCCUAAGAAAUCCUCCCAACCCAAAUUCAUUGAACUGCUUUUUCACGGACUAAGGAAGGCAUUUCAAAGAGCCCACAGGAUUAUGGCAGUUGCUGGGCCAAAGCCUGAGGACAGGACAAAGGCAGACCAUUUGUGGUCAAGCAAAAACUACCAACCAAAACAAAAAGCCAGAGACCAAAGCUUACCAAGAGAUAUCAAAAGAGACCCGAUGUCAGUUGUCAAGCUAAAGCCAACAGACCCAGCCACUAAACAGGGGAGCACAUUGUGGGAAGAAACAGACCAAUCCAGCUCAACUCAACAACCAGAAACAGAUAACUCUUUCCAACCCAGACCUUACCCACUGCCCAGGCACAGAGUUCCCAAAAGAAGUACCACCACAAUCAGACAUCCUUUGGGUACCAUUCAAAAUGACAGUGGCAGAUCUAAGAAAAACUUCUACAGAAAAAUCUCUAGCCCAGAGUCUAUGAGCCCCAAAAGAGGAAUCAGAGUUCAGGUCCAAGAGAGAAUCCUAUAUGGUACCCCUAAGGAGAGAACCUCAUACAGUCGCCUUACAGAGAAACACACACAUAAGAAACCAAACCACCACAGCUUCCGUAGGGAAAGUUCUUCUCAAAGGAGCCAUAGCAGUCCAUCUCAGAGGAGACAUCGCAGUCCAUCCCUGAGGAGCCAUCGCAGUCUCUCUCAGAGGAGACAUCGCAGUCCAUCCCAGAGGAGCCAUCGCAGUCCAUCCCAGAGGAGCCAUCGCAGUCCUUCUCAGAGGAGACAUCGCAGUCCAUCCCAGAGGAGACAUCGCAGUCCCUCUCAGAGGAGACAUCGCAGUCCCUCCCAGAGGAGACAUCGCAGUCCCUCCCAGAGGAGACAUCGCAGUCCCUCCCAGAGGAGACAUCGCAGUCCCUCUCAGAGGAGACAUCGCAGUCCCUCUCAGAGGAGACAUCGCAGUCCAUCCCAGAGGAGCCAUCGCAGUCCAUCCCAGAGGAGCCAUCGCAGUCUCUCUGUGAGGAGCCGUCACAGUCCCUCUGAGAGGAGAUGUCGUAGUCCCUCUGAGAGGAGAUGCCACAGACUCUCUGAGAGGAGAUGCCGCAGUCCCGCUAAGAGGAGAGGACAUAGUCAUUCUGAGAGGAGCAGACCCCGUCACUCUGAGUGGAGCCAACACAGCCCAUCUAAGAAAACCCAUGGAAGUCCCUCUGAGAGAACACCUCCCGGUCCCCUCAAGGAGGGAGACAAACACACUUCCUCUAGGGAGAGGCCCAUACAUAAUUUGUUUCAAGAUUUCAAGAGUUACCCAAAUGUCUCCUAG